AUGGUAUUUAAUAAAUCGAUACUGUACAAGAAUUAUUAUGGUAUAGAGACGAAAAUUCUCGAGAAGCUAAAGACAACGCCUUAUGUACAUCAAUUCAUACAUGAUCGAAUUAGCGGUCGAAUCACCCUAUUUCUAAUUAUAAUGGGAUCAUUAGCACUAGUCCAAGAAAUGUGGGUUAGCAUCGAAAUGACACUGUUGCAAAAGGAGGCGUAUGAUGAACUGAACAUCGGUAGGAUAGAUGAGGGGCUGCGGCUGCACAAAGUACUUGUGAAUGAUGAAUAUCACAGUCGUGAAUUUCUUGAUGAAAAAUCUGGUAUCGUUAUUGAAGAAUUUGAAGAUAGAGAUAAAUUUUUCUCAAAGCCUGUACAUGUGUCAAAUCUAUAUGUUGAUUGUAACAUCUCAGUGAGUAAUGAAUAUGUCCUAGAAAAACCAUUGAAAUAUCACAUAGAAUUUUUACCCGAGGACUUCGAAAAUGAAAAGAGGCCGGAAUUUGGGUGUUCUUUAGGCGUUUUGAGACUGAAAUUAUAUCAUUUAUUCAAAGAUUCGGAAUUAUAUGAUGAAUUUAUCAAAACUAGUGGUAAAAAAUUCACUAUAUCAAAUAACGUUGUCAUUUACAAUAGAUUUAAAGAAGAGCUACCAGCAAAGCUUGAUGAUAUCCAAUUAUGCUUCUUGAAGAUAGAAACGAAAGAUAGGAUUAAAUGCGAUUUCAUCAUUUGA